AUGUCCCAGGAGCAUCUGCUGGAAGCCAUCACCACCUGUAACAAAGAGGCAGAGGAGGGUCGGUCCCAGAGAACCAGUGAUUACUACAGAGUUAAUGACGAUUUGCCAGCCAGGUUCAACCACCCAGGAUGGUUUCGGGGCUACAGAACGAAUGAGCCCCAUCCAAUGUACAGGACCACCAACCAGAUCUAUGGAAGCAAAGCGCCUACUGUACAUGAAAUGCCAACCUCCUUUAACAUUACCUCACAUGCAUUUUCAAAACAUCUUGGAAAGUGUGGCAUGUAUAGGAAUAACGGGCUCAACACCUACAUGGAGAAAAGUGACGUGACUGGCAUAGAUAACCUUAUCACCUUCUACGACAGACUCAACUUUCACCCCAGUUACAAUGGCAGUGGGCCAUCCCACUGUGAAUAA